AUGGAGGCCAUUCUUAGGAUGAAGCCCCUUAAAUCUUUGAAAGGAAGCUUGAAAAGCUUGGUGGAGCUCGCGUGCGAGGGCAGCGUGCACGACAGCCCGCUGGAGUUCAAGGACAUCAUGCCGGACAACCCGCGUGACUACGACAAAAUGGCUCCCCCGAAGGGCGGCAACGAGCCCACCACCGUCUUCUUCCACGUCACCGUCAUGAGCCUCGACUCCAUCGACGAAAGCUCCAUGACCUACGCCGCGGACAUCUUCUUUGCCCAAAGCUGGAAGGACUGGCGUCUGCGUCUUCCCGAUAACAUGACCCACGACUACCGCCUAUUGCCGGUCAAUUGGCUCAAGUCUAUGUGGACUCCUUUUUCUCCUCAGGAUAUUGGCGCCGGAUUCUUUUUUCAGAAUGCGAAGCAAGUCACCUUCCAGGAGAUGACCAUCCCCAAUCACUACAUUUGGCUCUAUCAAGAUAAUACCAUUCUCUACAUGGUCAAGCUGACUCUGGUGUUGUCAUGCGCGAUGAACUUCCAGAUUUACCCUCACGACACGCAAGAGUGCCACAUGAAGAUUGAAAGUCUAUCGCACACGACGGAUGACUUGGUCUUCAUGUGGGACCCAAACGUGCCUCUCGAAGUGGAUCGGAAUAUCGAACUUCCGCAGCUCGAUUUAGUAAAGAAAUACACCGGCGACUGUACGCAGGUUUACUCAACAGGGAACUUCACCUGCCUGGAGAUCGUGUUCACCUUCAAGCGCCGACUCGGCUACUACCUCUUCCACACGUACGUCCCGACCUGCCUCAUCGUCAUCAUGUCCUGGAUCAGCUUCUGGAUCCGGCCGGAGGCGGUGCCGGCGCGGGUCACGCUGGGAGUCACGUCGCUCCUCACGCUCUCCACGCAGCACGCCAAUUCGCAGAAGGCGCUGCCGCCGGUGUCAUACAUUAAGGCCAUAGACGUGUUCAUGUCCUCGUGCACGGUGUUCGUGUUCUUCUCCCUGAUGGAGUACGCGCUCGUCAACGUGGUCUUGGGCGACGUGCCGGAGGAGUACAAGAAGACGAGGCCGAGAACACUCAUGCACUUGCCCAACAAACAGGACAGCGAAUCCC